AUGCUCAUCCCGGUCCUCUUUAGCUUCCUACUGGGGCAGAACACCUCUGAUCCGCUGAGCUCGAAGUUCAUCGAUUCUGCACGCUAUGUGUAUGACUUCAUUACCGGCACAAAAACUUACAUUCGACGUAUCGAGUACGAGGACCGGGGCCAACGCUACAUCGGUGAUGACCGGACUGCUCUGGAUACCUCUUCGCGCAACAACAUCUUGCAGAAAGCUAUCAAGAUUUACUUGCAAGCGAAAUGUUCGUUGGAAAUCGACGACGCUGAAGUGUUCCUCCUUCCGCAGAAGGAGAUCAAGCUAGAAAAGGAUCAGUACGGGGAUGUGUGCCUCUUCAGUGGCAGCUACAAGCAGCUAUUGGCAUACUCCGUCAACCGGCUGCCAAAGAAGGAUCACUGGAUUGUUGUUGAUGAUGCGCAUCCCAGCCUCUACUUCCGACAGUCACUGGAUGUUUCAGAAGAAGGCGAAGGACAAGGUCGAAUUAGCAUCCGCCACUCUGCUGAAAGAUUAUAUGAGCAUUUCUUGUGGAUUCGGGGUUCGGAAGAGCCGUAA